CGCGCCCCGCCGGCGGCGGCUCCUCCGGCGGCGGCGGGGGCAGGUGCGGGCGCUUCCGCGUCGCGCUGCGAGGAGGAGGAGGAGGAGGAGAAGAAGGAGGAGGAGGAGGAGGAGGCGGCCCGAGGGCGGGCGGGCGGCGGGGCCGGCGGCCCGAGCCUGGCCGGCGUGCCCGUGGGCGUGCUCCCCGGCGGGGAGGGCCCCCCGAGCCCACACCCCCCGCCGCCGCUAACUUUGCCUCUUCGCGAAGAGCCGCCCGCCGGCAGCCAGAGGGUCGGCGGAGCCCCGGCGGUCCGGAGCAAGCCCCCCCGCGAUGAAGGGCCGCCGGCGGUGGCGGUGGCGGGGGGAGCACCGCCGCUUCGCCGCGGUGCUGGUGCUGUACACGCUGCUGCUGCUCCUGCUGGUGCCCUACGCGCUGGACUACGGGGCCAGGCGGGGGCGGGCGGACGAGGAGCCGCUGCUGCGGCGCUGCCCCAGCCUGGAGGAGGCGCUGAGCGAGUGGGGCUGGGAGCAGCGGCAGCCGCCGCUGGACGAGGAGGAGGAGGAGGAGGGCGGCGGCGGCGGCACGGCCGGGGCGGCGGGGAACGGCAGCGCGGCGGCGGGGAAGCGGCACAUCUACCUGCACGCUACCUGGCGCACGGGCUCCUCCUUCCUGGGGGAGCUCUUCAACCAGCACCCCGACGUCUUCUACCUCUACGAGCCCAUGUGGCACCUGUGGCAGGCCCUCUACCCGGGGGACGCGCUGAGCCUGCAGGGCGCCCUCCGCGACAUGCUGCGCGCCCUCUUCCGAUGCGACUUCUCGGUCCUGCGCCUCUACGCCGCCCCGCCCGGGCCCCGCGACCCGCUGGCCCCCGCCCCGCCCGCCGCCGCCAACCUCACCACGGCCGGCAUCUUCGGCUGGCGGACCAACAAGGUGAUCUGCUCGCCGCCGCUCUGCCCCGCCGCCCCGCGGCCCCGCCGGGAGAUCGGCCUCGUCGACGGCGCCGCCUGCGAGGAGACGUGCCCGCCGCGGGCGCUGCGGGAGCUGGAGGCCGAGUGCCGCAAGUACCCGGUGGUGGUCAUCAAGGACGUGCGGCUGCUGGAGCUGGGCGCCCUGCUGCCGCUGCUGCGGGAGCCCGGCCUCAACCUGCGGGUGGUGCAGCUCUUCCGCGACCCCCGCGCCGUCCACAACUCCCGCCUGAAGGCCAGGCAGGCGCUGCUGCGGGAGAGCAUCCAGGUGCUGCGCAGCCGCCACCGCGCCGAGCCGCGGGGGCCGCCCCGCCACCAGCAGCAGCAGCAGCCGCCGCCGCCGCAGCAGCAGCUCCUGCUGCCGCCCGGCCUGCUGGGCGGCGGGCGGGCGCCGCAGCCGCAGCACCGCGCCGAGUUCUUCCUCGGCGGCGCGCUGGAGGUCAUCUGCCAGGCCUGGCUCCGCGACCUCCUCCUGGCCCGCCGCGCCCCGGCCUGGCUCCGCCGCCGCUACACGCAGCUGCGCUACGAGGACCUGGUGCGGGAGCCCCGCGCCCAGCUGCGCCGCCUGCUGCGCUUCGCCGGGCUGCCCGUGCCGCCCGCGCUGGAGGCCUUCGUGCUCAACAUGACCCGCGGCGCCGCCUACUCCUCCGACCGGCCCUUCCUCAUCUCCGCCCGCGACGCGCGGGAGGCCAUCCACGCCUGGCGGGAGCGCCUCAGCCGCCAGCAGGUGCGGCAGGUGGAGGCCGCCUGCGGCGAGGCCAUGAGCCUCCUCGCCUACCCCCUCAGCGGCGGCGGCGACGCCCGGUAGCGAGCCCGCCGCCGGGUGAGGGCCGGACGGGCGGGGGCGGCGCGGGAGGG